AUAUUUGUUUUUGUAUAGUCAUAAUUGCUACGAAAUAAUAUCGUUGAUGUCCCUAAGCGUCGGUGAAACAUUAUCGACCCCGAAGUAUUGAACAACUGCUACCUAGAAUCGAAAAAAAAUUGAACACGAAAACGUGUAUCCCUUAUAAACGAACCCUGCAGCGUAUUAUUAUAAUAUUUUAAUGAUCGAAAUCUCUGUCCCGUGAUUUUGUCGUCAUGUUCAUUUUUGUCAGCGACGGUGGUCAAUAGCAGCAUGACAGCUGUGAUAUCUCGCCGUACGAAAAGCGCAAUGUUCUCGUUUCGAUUAACGUUUUUCGUUCACUGCUACUUCUACAAUAUUUGUUUGUAUUACCAUCUGUUAGUGCCGCCCGUUCGUUCAUUCGACGGACAGAGUAAGAUAAUGAACGAAAAAACCGGCACUGUGACAGAGCAAUUGGACGAGUAUAAAAUCAAUUGCUUGCACAAGUUUACUAAGAAAAAGCUGAACGAGUACGCGUUGGCUCAGUGGAAUUAUCACGUUAACAAAACCGAAGUAACGGAGAACGAGGCCUUGAAAUCUUCCACUCGAUUGUUCUUAUAUCAAAAACUACUUUUAACAUCUGCCGAAAAUAUGUCUGUAACUUUAGGCAUGAACUACGAAGACCUGUUGCCCUCAAUGUAUUUUAUGGAAGACCGAGGACUUUGUCAGCUGAAUGUGAACGAGUAUAAGAGAACUAUAAUGCUGAAGAGGAAACUAAUAACAACGAUUAACGAACUAACAGUUUGCGAAUACCGGAAGACUAAUCAUCCGUGUGACAUAAAAGCGAACGAAAUAAAUGUCAUUAUGGUUAAGUCAUCAGAUGCAGUAGAGUUAAAAUAUUAUUGGAAAGCUUGGCACAAUCACACCAGCUUCGCAGUGAAAAAUAUAUAUAUGAAGUAUAUUGAAAUGUUGAACUAUAUGGCCCAUUUGAAUAAUUUUUCUAACGAAAUUCAUUACUAUAUGGAACCAUACUCAUACAACCAAGGCCAAUUGAACACCGAUCAGAUGUACGAAGGUAUAAGACCACUGUACUUGCAUAUUUACACGCACGUUCGUAAAAUUCUCAGGGAAAAAUUUGGAACAGCGGCUGUGUCUGCCAAUGGUCCAGUCCCCGUCCAUUUAUUGGGUUCGGUAUUGGGUCAACCAUGGACAAAAUUGAUACAGUUUAUAGUUCAAGAACUCGGUAUACACGAAAAUGGCAAAACAAAUUCGAAGACUCCAAAGCGAAUUUUUGAUCAAACUAAUAGAUUCUUUGUAUCGAUUGGUAUGGGAUGUGUGCCAAAAAGGGUUUGGUCCCAUUCAGUAUUUAUUGAAAAUAAACAUUUUUCUAAUACCGUACCAUCAUCAUGGGAUAUGUACGCAAAUAACGAUUACAGGAUAAAAAUGGAUUUUCAAAACACGGUCGACGACGUGUACACCAUGCACAAGCAACUUGGGUUAGUGCAUUAUUUCGUGGCUUACAAAAAACAGCCGAUCGCAUAUCAACAUACAUCCGACCCAGCGUUCGUGUAUGGCUUGAUUAACGCUCUAACAUUGUCCGUACGGUAUCAAGACUUCAUUGGCAGGUAUAACGAUAGCGCAAGCAGUCGGCAAAUCUAUCUGUUGCGGUUGGCCAUGGAAAAGGUCACCGUCCUGCCGUUUGCGUACGCGGCCGACGUUUGGCAAUCGGACACAGGCACGGGGUCUUUUGCGCCAAAGCGUAUGAACAAUCUCUGGUGGAGCAAAAGACUCAAAUACGAGGGCGUUGUUUCGCCUAUUUCCAAAGACAUGGAUAAAUGUACGAAUCCCAAUUAUAAACCGUUUGAUCCGAGUAUGGCGUACGCUGAGGCGAUUGAGCUACCACACAUCAAAGACUUCUUAGGACCUAUAAUAGAAUUUCAAGUAUUCAAAGCUUUGUGUACGAUUUGUGGCGAGUACAAAUCUAAACGCGUGAGAACCAAACACUUGUACGAAUGCAAUCUUCGUGGAUAUAAAAAAGUUGGAAAAAUUAUCAAAUCAGUUAUGUCGAGAGGCUCUUCUACGAAAUGGCAAUUUCUAUUUGAGGCAAUAGUCGGACAUCAACGGAUAGAAAUAGAACCGUUGUUGGAAUAUUUUCAACCCCUUCACAAUCAUCUUGUUAAAAUCAAUCAAGCGACCAAUGAACACAUUGGAUGGAAGUAGUAUUGACAAAAAAAAAAAAGGGCAGAGAUAUGUUGUAAAGAAAUAAAUAAAAAUGAAAUGGUGACAAAAUUGUUUAUUACAAUUUACAAUAUGUUUCCGUACAUCUCUGUCAGACAAGUAACUGCAUUCUGUAUUCUGCUAUUCCGACAAUAUUCGCACGAUGAAUUCAGAUCAUAAUAACAGUGUUGACAUUAACAACAAUAACUUGGAAUACAAAUAACACAAGUCACGGCAAUGUUAUAGUAUUAUGCUUUUCCUGUAAAAAAGUGUGCGUUAUUGUAAUAAUUUUUCUAACCCGCAUUAUUACAGUGAAAAAAUGUAUGUACAUAAGACAUUUAAAAUUAUUUCUAAAUACCAAAAUAAUGGUAGGUACUAGUCCUAUUAUAAUAUAUAAUAGGUAUGCAAUAAGUAGGUACUAUAUCAAUUGAAAUAUUAAAUCAUUACUUUAUUUUCCGAUUCGUUUUUAUGCUUUAAUGAUUCAAAUGUUUAAUAUUAUUGAUGUUUGGCAACUACAAUAUUGUCAAUAUGAGAAGAAGGAUUUCCUGUGUAUCAUUCCUGCAAUUAUAUAGAUGGUUAUUUUUUUUUUAAAUAAAAUAAAUACACGGUAACAUAUAUAAUAUUAUAUAGGUAAAUAUAAAUAAUAGAAAAUAUCAAUAAGUGCAAUGGGAAAAGAUAAGUUUUAAAAUUGUUUUCUAUACCAUUUUAUCCUUGGGGAAUAAUUUAUUUAAAGCCAUUUGCAAAUGGUUCCGUUGUUUUAAACUCAAAACACCAUUUGCUUAUUUUCCAUCAACGAUUAUGCCGUUUCUUUUAAAAAUCACAUUUUUUUCAUCGAACAUUUAUUUAAAAUAAAAUAUAUUAAUAAAUUGAA